AUGGAGUCGGAUAUGUCGAGUCACUACCAGAUGAUGGAGGAAUUGGGGAGUGGGAGUUUUGGGACGGUGUAUAAGGCAAUUGAGAAAUCUACCGGGGAGAUCGUGGCCGUGAAGCAUAUCGAUCUCGAGUCCAGCGAAGAUGACAUCCAGGAAAUUCAGCAGGAGAUCUCCGUCCUGGCGACAUGCGCGAGCCCGUUCGUGACGCAAUACAAAGCGAGUUUUCUGCGCGGGCACAAGUUGUGGAUUGUUAUGGAAUAUUUGGGCGGAGGGUCCUGUCUUGAUCUGCUGAAACCGGGCGUUUUCAACGAGGCACACGUCGCGAUCAUCUGCCAGCAAUUGCUACUCGGAAUGGAAUAUCUGCACAGCGAGGGGAAAAUCCACCGCGACAUCAAAGCUGCCAAUGUCCUUCUUUCGCAUACGGGGAAAGUCAAACUGGCGGAUUUCGGAGUCGCCGCGCAACUCAUCAACAUCAAGUCUCAGCGGAAUACAUUUGUCGGGACGCCGUUCUGGAUGGCGCCCGAGGUCAUCCAGCAAGCAGGGUACGACUAUAAGGCGGAUAUCUGGUCGCUGGGAAUUUCGGCCAUUGAGAUGAUCAACGGCGAGCCGCCGCAUGCGAGCACUCACCCGAUGAAAGUGCUUUUCCUGAUUCCCAAAGAACCGGCUCCUCGAUUGGAAGGCAAUCAGUAUAGUAGCACGUUUAAGGACUUCAUCUCGCAAUGCCUGACUAAGGAUCCGGAUCGACGGCCGAGUGCGAAAGAACUGCUCCGCCACAAAUUCAUCCGGAACGCGGGGAAGACGGAGGCGUUGCAGGAGCUGAUCCAGCGGAAACAGGACUGGGAUGCCGGACGAGGGGUGACGCGGAACGUCAAGUACUAUGCGGAGUCACUUAACACCAUCACGCACUUGCAGGAUGACGACGGAUGGGUAUUCGACACCGUCAAAGCGCCGACCAUGACAAUCCCCGAAGACCCGUACGAUAUGGACGAGCAGGAACCGGAAUACUACCCAUACGAGGAGGAGCCAUCCGAGAUGAUGGAAAACCUGCACAUCUCGAGUCCACCCCAAAAACAGCCGCUCUACGUGAACACGGCCGUUAGACGUACACUCGCCCCCGACCGCAGCCCUUCGAUAAGACGGACAACCAGGAAGCGACGCUCGAGCGGAGUGAAGCAGCCUUUGGGUGUGGAUUUGACCUUUGGCAAUAGUCCAUCGGCAGCCCGUCAAUUCCGUCGGGUGUCGGACAAAAUGUCGGGCGACAGUCCUUAUGGGUCGUCGUACCCCAUUGCCUCGGAUGAGAACUUCAGUCCCAAGUCUGUCCAGUCGCCCGACACAAACAGCAAGGAAACUCAGCUGGGACGCCGCGCAUACAGCAAAGCCGUAGGGAUAGCCUGCCAGGAGGUGCUGGGAACGACCGGCGACCAGGAGAAGCGAGAGGCCAUUUCGCGACUAGCCGAGGCCUGGAGUGACCUGGAAAUGGUAGACCCCGAGGGUUUGUAUCAUAUCCUCAGAGCCACGAACGAGCGACUCCAAGCGUAA